GGGAAACCUAAAUCUGCCUCUCACAACCUCCUGGCGCACCAGUCUCUGUUGCGCCUCUGCUCUCUCAACUUUUUUUCUUCUUCUUCUUCUUCCUCUUCCCCCCGACUCCAACUCCUCUGAAACUUUCUCUCUUCAGUCCCUGGCAGCGGAGGGAUGUUCCCGGGAAAGAGGUCACACCCCAGCUGAGCAUUUUCACCUUGGCGAGUUGAGGAGUCCGCCGGAUAACUUCUUGUGAAUGGAGGGGGGCCGUUGACUUUUACGCAUCCAGCGCAGUGACGCACGGUUCGAUGCUUUAAAAGAAAACCUUGUCUUUCCAGGUCUCGCAUCCAAACCCCUGGUUGUCUUUCUGUUUUCUCCAAAUGGCAAGGGAGCGUUUUAAGGAGAUCCUGACUGAUCCAGCCUCUUGAGAGAAACUUUGGUGAACUUCUGCACCAGCGGACUUGAUUAUAUUUCGACUUGCAUCACAUUCGGUUCUUACUCUACCACACACUCGAGCGGCCUCUCUUGACCUUCUUCGGGACCUUACUGUCAGCACGUUUAACCCCCCCCCCCUCGUCCACGGAUUGUCCACCGACCUCGGUUUGGGAGUACUUUCAGUGGAUAUCAUGCCUCCGCCGGCACCGGAGACGCGCGCUGCGCUGCGCCGGGUUUGGACUCUGGUUUGCGCGCUGCUGGUGUGCGUCGCGUCGGUGAAUGGAUGCCCACACAAGUGCAGCUGCUCCGGGUCGCAUGUGGACUGCCAGGGUCUGGGUCUGAAGACGGUCCCCAAAGGAGUGCCGAGGAACGCCGAGCGCCUGGAUUUGAACAGAAACAACAUCACCAGAAUCACUAAAGUGGACUUCUCUGGCCUCAAGAACCUAAGGAUUCUUCAUCUGGAGGACAACCAAAUCAGUGUCAUCGAGAGAGGAGCCUUCCAAGACCUCAGACUGCUGGAGAGGCUUCGUGUGAACAGAAAUAAACUCCAGUUUCUCCCAGAGCUGCUCUUCCAGUCCAACCCCAAACUAGGACGACUAGACCUCAGUGAGAACCAGAUCCAGGCAGUUCCCAGGAAAGCUUUCAGAGGAAUCACCAGUGUCAAGAACCUGCAACUGGACAGCAACCACAUCAGCUGUAUCGAAGAUGGAGCUUUCCGAGCGCUGCGCGAUCUGGAGAUACUCACCCUCAACAACAACAACAUCACCCUCAUCCCCCUGUCCAGCUUCAACCAUAUGCCCAAGCUGCGGACACUUCGCCUGCACUCCAACAACCUCCACUGUGACUGUCACCUGUCCUGGCUCUCUGAUUGGCUCAGAGCCAGACGGGGCUUGGCUCCCUUCACCCAGUGCAUGGCCCCCGCCCACAUGAGAGGCCUCAAUGUGCCAGAUGUGCAGAAGAAGGAUUUUAUUUGCAAUGGUCCGGUGCAGACGGAGUCGAGGACUUGUGUUCCACAGGUGGCCGUGUGUCCGGCCAGCUGCAGCUGUAACAACAACAUCGUGGACUGUCGUCGCAAAGGCCUCACUGAAAUACCUGCCAACCUCCCCGAGGGCAUUGUGGAGAUUCGUUUGGAGCAGAACUUGAUUAAAAGUGUCCCAGCAGGAGCCUUUACUGCCUACAAGAAACUGAAGAGGAUUGAUUUGAGUAAGAACCAGAUUUCUGACAUUGCUGCUGAUGCUUUCAGUGGCCUUCGCUCGCUCACCUCAUUGGUGCUGUAUGGCAACAAGAUCACAGAGUUGCCCAAGGGAUUGUUUGAUGGACUGGUUUCCCUGCAGCUGCUGCUUCUGAACGCCAACAAAAUUAACUGUUUGAGAGUCAACACCUUCCAAGACCUACAGAACCUCAACCUGCUUUCACUGUACGACAACAAGCUGCAAACUAUCAGCAAAGGGCUGUUUGCCCCCCUGCGCUCAAUCAAGACUCUUCAUCUGGCUCAGAAUCCCUUUAUGUGUGACUGUCACCUGAAGUGGCUGGCUGACUACCUGUUUGACAAUCCCAUCGAGACCAGCGGAGCUCGCUGCAGCCACCCCAGGAGGCUGGCGAACAAACGAAUCAGCCAGGUCAAAGGCAAGAAGUUCAGGUGCACAGGUCAAGAAGACUAUCGCAGCCGCCUAAGCGGUGAUUGUUUCCAGGACCUGGUGUGUCCGGAGAAAUGUCGAUGUGAAGGCACCGUAGUUGACUGCUCCAAUCUCAAACUGGUCCGCGUACCUCCGCACAUCCCCGAGCACACUACAGACCUGCGGUUAAACGACAAUGAGAUUGCCGUCCUGGAGACUGCAGGGGCGUUUAAGAAGCUGCCUAACUUGAAGAAGAUCAACCUGAGCAACAACAAACUGAAGGACAUUCGUGAGGGUACGUUCGAUGGAGCUGGUGGCGUUCUGGAGCUGCUUUUGACUGGAAACAAGUUAACCGGACUGCAGGGACGCAUGUUCAAAGGCCUCACUGGCCUGAAAACUCUAAUGCUGAGGAGCAACCAGAUCAGCUGCAUUGACAACAGCACGUUCACGGGUCUGAGCUCAGUGCGUCUGCUGUCGCUGUACGACAACAGGAUCUCCAGCAUCGCCCCAGGAGCCUUCUCCACCCUACACUCCCUGUCCACCAUUAACCUCCUGUCCAACCCGUAUGUGUGUGAUUGUCACUUGGCCUGGCUCGGUCAGUGGCUAAAGAAGACCAGAGUAGUCAGUGGAAACCCUCGGUGUCAGAAACCAGCCUUCCUGAAGGAGAUCCCCAUCCAGGACGUGGCUACCCCUGACUUUACAUGUGACGGUGCUGAGGAUAAUGGUUGUCUUCCUGCGUCUGGUUGUCCUGACGUUUGCACGUGCUCAGACAGCGUGGUGCGAUGCAGCAACAGAGGGCUGCACUCUCUGCCCAAGGGCAUUCCCAAGGACACAACUGAGCUUUACCUGGAGGGUAAUAUGCUGACAUCUGUGCCCAAGGAGCUGGCAUCCCUGAAGCAGCUGUCACUGGUGGACCUGAGCAACAACAGCAUCAGCACACUGGCCCAAUUCACCUUCAACAAUAUGACUCAACUAGCCACACUCAUCCUGAGUUACAACCAGAUUCGCUGCAUCCCGGUCCAUGCCUUCGACGGGCUCAAGUCACUCCGCCUGCUGACUCUCCAUGGUAACGACCUUUCAACUAUCCCAGAGGGUGCUUUCAACCACCUCACCGCUCUGUCCCACCUGGCUCUUGGUGCAAACCCCUUGUACUGUAACUGUGACCUGCGCUGGCUGUCUCAGUGGGUCAAGGCUGGAUUUAAAGAGCCUGGCAUUGCUCGCUGUACUGGACCUCCGGACAUGGCUGACAGGCUGCUGCUCACCACACCGCUCAACAGAUUUCAGUGUAAAGGUCCAGUAGAUAUCAGCCUGAUGUCAAAAUGCGCUCCCUGCCUGGCGGCACCAUGUCAAAACAACGGUACCUGUGUCUCUGAAACAACUGGAUCCUACCACUGCACCUGUCCAUAUGGAUUCAAGGGUCAAAACUGUGAAAUACCCAUCAACGCCUGUAUUAGUUUUCCCUGCUCGAAUGGAGGAACCUGCCACAUUCAGCAUGGCCAUGAAGACCACUUCAGCUGUGUGUGUCCACCCGGUUUCGAGGGCCAUCGCUGUGAGAUAAACCCAGACGACUGUGAAGACAACGACUGCGAGAACAACUCCACCUGCAUCGAUGGAGUCAACAACUACACCUGCAUCUGUCCACCCAACUACACAGGUGACCUCUGUGAGGAGGUGGUUGACCCCUGUCUCCAUGGUUUCGACCCCUGUCAGCAUGACUCAAAGUGCGUCCACGUCGGCCGCAGUUACAGGUGCGACUGUUUACCGGGGUAUGUGGGCCAACACUGCGAGCAGGACUACAAUGAUUGUCUGGAGAACAAGUGUCAACACGGAGCGGAGUGCGUCGACGCUGUCAACGGCUAUACCUGCGUCUGUAAAGAGGGAUUCAGCGGGCUCUUCUGUGAGAACCCUCCACCGAUGAUCUUGCUGCAGACGAGCCCCUGCGACCACUCGGAUUGCCAGAACAGCGCCCAGUGCCUGCUGGUUGCUGGGGAGCCGGUCUGCCGCUGCAUGCCCGGUUUCUACGGCAACAAAUGUGACAAGAUGGCCACCGUUCACUUCCUGGGUCGCGAAGGGUACGUGGAGCUGCCGGGCGCCAAGCUUCGCCCCACCGCUCACAUUUCACUGCAGGUGGCUACAGAUAAGGACAACGGUAUUUUGUUGUACAAGGAGGACCACGACCCCCUGGCACUGGAGCUCUACCAGGGACACAUACGACUCAUCUACGACAUCGCCAACUACCCACCCACCACUGUGUAUAGCGUGGAGUCGGUGAACGACGGGCUUUUCCACACAGUCGAGCUGCUGAUUCAGAACCGCUCGCUGAGCCUGGUGGUGGAUAACGGAGCCCCCAAGAGCCUGGGCAAGCUGGCACGCCAGCCGUCUGUCGACCACAACACUCAGCUGUACAUAGGAGGCGUACCAUCACAAGUGGUGGCCACAGGCCUACGGCCAGGCCCCGAUCGCUCUCCUCAGGCUUUUUACGGCUGCAUCCACAAUGUCCGGAUCAAUGGGGAGCCUCAAGAUCUGAGUUACAGAGCCACGGGAGGCGGGCGACCACAGGGACUCGAGGGCAAGGGUGAUGGCAUUCUUGCAGGCUGUCAUACCUGCAGUGUGUGUGCACAGGGUGUGUGCAGGGAGGGAGGAGAGAUGGGGGUGACAUGCGAGUGUCCUCCGGGACGUAGCGGGGCGCUGUGCGACCAGACGACAACGCCAAACUCCUGUCAGAACAGCAGAUGUGCUCACGGCGUGUGUGUGCCGAAGGGUCAGUCCUACAGCUGUCAGUGUGUUGAAGGUUACCAGGGUCAGUACUGUGAUCGACGGCAGGAGCCUCCGGCCUGCAGGGGGCACCGCUGCGGACACGGGGAGUGUCGCGUGUCAGAGAGCGGCGAGCCGGUCUGCCACUGUCAGCCCGGGUUCACGGGACCAACCUGUGACACAGAGCUGACGUGUCCAGGUGAGAUGGUGAGGGAGCAGCUGAAGCGCCACCACCCCAUGAGAACAUGCGCGUCCACCAGCAAGAUUCCCCGCAUGGACUGUUCCCGAUCCUGCCAGGCUGCGGCGCCCCCUGGUGUUUGCUGUGGCGUCACCAAGAGCAGAAGGAGGAAGGUGGUUUUCCGCUGCACUGAUGGCACCUCGUACUCCGAGGAGAUGGAGACUGCUCUGGAAUGUGGCUGCGCCAGGUGCCCGUUGUAACGGCACAGCAGCUUGUUCGCUUGGUUUCGCAACGCCCACCGCUGCCAUUUUGUGAAUUCUACACGUCAACGAGGCUGUCGCUCUGAGAUCUUUCCACAUCGACGAGCAACAUGUGAUUUUUUUUUUUCUCCCACAUUCACUUUGACCGCUGCCAAGAGGAACCACAAACAAGAACAAAAAUAGGACAUGUGUGCGUGUUUUUGACAGAGAGAAAAUAUAUUGUAAGAUAUAAGUGAGAAGAAACAUAGAACUUAUUUUUAUUAUGGAUUUUGUUUCUAAAAGAUGAUAAAAGGACUGAUGAGCUGUUUUUCUUAAUAUGUUGAUUAUAUAAUGUGUUACAUAGUAUAAAAAGUUAUUUUCUACCUUGUAAGAAGAAAAAGUACACCACAAGAUAGAUUAACAUUCCUUAAAAGUAUAUGAAUUUAUAUGUUUGUAUAAAUCUAUAUAAAUAUAUACCCUAACCCAAUGAAUUUUAUAUUUUCGAAGUGUAUUUGCAUGAUGUUAAUGUGAGUGCUGAUGUGUGGGAGGCUUUGGACACUGAGAGAAGAGCUCUGUUAAGGAAAAUGACGGCCGUCUUGUUGCCCUCUCUCCCUCGGAGGCGGAAAGGGAACUGUAUGUGCCUGGCUAACCUGCUUCACUAUAUAAUGGACAUCAUCCUCACAUGUGAGUUUUUUGAGAAAACAUAAAAGACUCUUUUCCACGGAGAUGAUUUAACAGUUUGUUGUAUUGUCGUGUUAUUCUGUAGUUUGUGCUUGCACACCAGACUUGGAGCCAUGUGAGGUUUGACAUGAAAAUCUGCAAGACAUUUGCAAUGUCAUUCGUGAAUCGGGGGUUUCCCAUUCAAAUCACCAUGCUGAGAUUCAAAAUUCGUGAAAACAGGAAGCAAUCUUUAAUGGAACCACCUAUUCAGAUAACAAACAAGUUCAUUUUUUAGUUUCACUGCGCUCUACGUUCAAAUAUUUAAAAGUGUGUAACCUGUUACCGCCCCCAACAUGAUGUCACAGUGCGCUGACUCACCACUUCCACAUCACUGCACCAAUGUGAGAUGUUGAACCACUGGAGGAAAACACAGCAAAGACCCCAUUCAGUUUGUUAAACAGCUGCUCAACAUGAGCUGGUUUUCAAUGAAGCCAUUACACCAAAGUCAACUCUAUAUGUCAAAAAUGACCUACCCAUAUGUGCCUAUAUGACCUACUUUUGAAAUACAAACAUGUUGCUGCAAUUUUGACAACUUCUGCCAUUGAAUGUUUGGUCUUUUGUGAUGAAUGUUAGCGUGUGGCAGUUGACACACAGUCAAAACUCAGUCGCGGCCUUCUUUAAAUGAUCCCUCUCUGACGAUCAGGUCACGUGUGCAGGUCCUAUGAACUGCAUUGAAAUCCCAAAGCAAACAAAGUAGUUGGGCCAAAAAUAAGAAAAGCCUUUAUCAUGCCUCUGUCGCAUUGGUGUGAAUUAUAGGUUGUAGAAAUCAUUUCUUGACUCGUGGUGAAUGUGAAAUUACAGCAUCAACAAAAAAAACAUUUCUUUAUUUUUCUCAUGCAGUUUUCAUGAGUGAUGCAUUCAGUGUGUUUUAUAUACGAUACGAUAAUAUGAUGCAGAUUAUUUGGUGAACCAUGAUGUGCUUUAAGGUGCCUUCAGAAAAGUUUAUAUUUCCAUUUAAGCUUUUUGAUAAUAUGUUGAGGAUUUAAAUUUUCCACAUUGACAGUUUGGGGUGGAGGUUAAAAAACAGUUUUAGCUCCAGUCUGUGCAGCAAACCUCCAGAAUGACGACUCAGUUGCCUGCUAUGUGGAAGAAGUUUAUGAAACUGUGUCACAUGGAAUAAAAAAAUAAAUCAGAUUUGGACCAAGGUACAACAGAAGAGCUGAAAAGAACUUCAACAUCAGCACGGUUUUUAACUUCCCAAUAAAUGACUAACACGAUUACAAGCAUAGCAAAAUACUCUAAUGUAACUACUACUGUAUUGUUUAGUUUAUAUAUAGUUGCUUUGUUUACAACAUGUGCAAAGUAUUUGUCACACUUUUACAGUUAAUUUGCAGCUGUGUUAUUCUGAGGUUUGAGACAAAUCCAGUGUCAUGGUUUUCCACACCUUCGGUUCCUUCUAUCCAGUCCUUCCCUUCCCCAUGUUGUCCAUAAUGUUUCCUCUAUUUGCUCCAGCUAUUCAUUUUCACCAUCUCCUAGCCUUUUUUUCUCAUUCUUUCCUUCUAUUCCUGUUCUAAAAACCAUAAUGACCUUUCACCUGUUGCCACUCUUUCUUUGUCCUUUUCAUCCCUUCAUUCUCCUGAUCCUCGAGGUCUCGUUCUUCAAUGUUAACAGAAUAAAACACCUCAGUUAUUACAGAAUAACUGUAAAGUCAAAUCAUUUCAGUUUUCCAAGUCCUAUAAGAAACAUGACUAUGUGAGUGAUUAAUUGAUACUUAUGUUGAAUGUUGAAAUUAAACUACCAUUGAAACUA